AAGGGAGAAAGAGAAAGAAAGAAAGCGUGAAAAGAUUAGGGUGUGACGCCGUCCAAAAAUAUAUAUGCUAACCCCAUGCGUAGUAAUUGAUAACUACACCUCAUCUAGCUCUUUCACAUAUACAUAUAUAUAUAUAUACACCAUUUAGAUCAUUGUUCUUUUUUCUUCUCCAAAACAUAUGUAUUCAUCUCUAGCUAAUUAAGCUACCUUGAUCUCUCAAGUAUCAUAAUCCGAAUCGAAAAGCCGAAAUUGAAAGGAGAAGAAGAAGAAGAACAAGAACAAGAACACAAGAUUGAUUAUUCUAGGACAAGAUCAUUUACAACAAACUCUAUUCUUUGAAGAAAAAACAUUUGGAAAUGAAUCAUAGCGAAUUAUGUGUUCCACCUGGAUUUAGAUUUCAUCCCACAGAAGAAGAAUUAGUGGGGUACUAUCUCAAGGGAAAAGUCAACUCCCUCAAAUUUGAUCGAGAUGUCAUAAUUGAAAUUGAUCUUUAUAGGAUGGAACCUUGGGACAUCCAAGAUAAAUGCAAGUUGGGAUACGAUGAACGUAACGAAUGGUACUUCUUUAGCCACAAAGACAGGAAAUACCCUACCGGAUCUCGGACAAACCGGGCCACGGCGGCCGGAUUCUGGAAGGCGACGGGGAGAGAUAAGGCGGUGUUAUCAAAGAAUAACGUUAUCGGGAUGAGAAAGACCCUUGUCUUCUAUAAUGGCCGUGCCCCUAACGGCCGGAAAACUGAUUGGAUCAUGCAUGAAUAUCGUCUCCAAACUUCCGAGCAUGCUCCUACUCAGGAAGAGGGAUGGGUGGUAUGCAGAGCAUUCAAGAAACCAAGUCCAAGCCACAAACAAGGAUUUGAAGCAUGGAAUCAUCAUCAUAACAACUACUAUUACAUGAGAAACAACAACCACAACAACUACAACAACAACAACAACAACAACAACAACAUCAACUAUGACAGAUUCAUGAACUCUCCCUCAAUUCCAGACACAUCGAGUCCUAAUACAGAUCCAUCUGAUUCAUUAAAUCAAUGCCAAGAAACAAACUUCAACAAUAAUCCUCAACAAUCUAUACUACAAAUGCCAAAUUACAGCAACUUUGAUCAGGAAUUCAUCUCUUCUAACAACAGCCUUAAUCUGAUCGAAAACCAGUUGAUGAUCGAUCUCCCUCGAUUAGACAGUCCGUCUGAAUCAUAUCAUCAUCACCAGCAACAGAGUAACAACAACAACAACAACAACAACAACAACAACAACAACAACAACAACAACAACAACAACAACAACAAGAAGUGGGAUGUUUUGGAUAAUUUGGUUGGAAAUUCAUCAUCAUUUUCUAAUAAUGAUCUACCAAACAUGCACUUAGUAGUACCUCAUGAUUAUGAACUAGAUCUACAAGUUCAGAAUCAACUUGGUAGCUUUUUGGAAUGCUUUCCAAACUUAUAGCAAAACCUCAAAUAAUUCAUCCAUAUAUAUAUAUAUAUAUAUAUAUUGAUAAUACUUUAAUUCUUGUUUAGCUAAUUAAGUUGGAAAACAUGAUUGACUACAUACAUAGUAGGAAAAUUCGAUCAUUCAGCAGUUUUCUCAUACAACUGUACGUUGCGUAACAUGGAUUUAUAACGGUUGUAGGGGAUAUUUUCUGGAAACUCGAUCAUUAUUAUACUAUGUGUUUUUAGACAAAAUUAAGCUAGGAUUUUUAUGGGCAAUUUGGUGUGCAAGUAAUUUCACCUAGGCCUUUUUUAAUUCUUCAUCUUAUAUGCAUGUUAAUGCGGCAUGCUAUAUAUAUUGUACCAACUACCAAAUGUAACUUUUUUUUUCUUCCAUUUAAAUAAUUGUGCUAUUAUGUAAAUGUAACAAGUUU